AUGUCGUCCGGGAAGUUGUUAGACACGGAGGAGUCUGUUAUUAGACGUGUGUCUCGUACGGUGGUGUCGUGGUUCAAAUCUCUUGCAGUGCAAGUGGCUAGUGGGGGUUCAGUAGUGGAGAAAGGGACGAAAGUUUGCAGUGAUGUGGGCUAUGGGAUUGAGAAGAGCAGGAGUUUGAAGUUGAAAGAUGGAGUUAAUGGCGUCGGAAGGAGGGGUGAGUUGUUACUGUUUCCGGCGAAGCACAAUGUGGAUCAAACUCUCGGUCUCAAGAGUUCUGUAAUUCCGUGCUCGAUCGAUUUUAGUAGUUUGCAGAGUCCUAUUUCUAUGAACAGAACGCCUGAUGGGAAUAUGGAGUGGAAAUUAAACACAGGGGCCCAGCUUGAUGCCAGGAUGCAACACGAGAAGCUUGAGGAGCCGUUAUCGCCAAGGAGUAGUAGUUCUACUGCGGUUCCUAGGGGAGAGGAUGGAGAGGGUGGUAAGGAAAAGUAUGUCUGUCACUACUGCGAUGCAGAGUUCCGCAUCCGGGGCUAUUUGACGCGUCAUAUAAAGAAGCACGCAGUUGAGAAAGCUUACCACUGUCCAUUUUUCAAUGGCUGCUCGCCUCCAGAAACUCGUUGCCACACUACUGGAGGCUUUUCAAGAAGAGAUACGUACAAGACACAUUUAAGGUCCAGGCAUUUUAUUUAUCCAGAGGGUGUGAAGACCCAAGAUCGCAACAGGUCUCCAGGUCAUUGUGCACACUGUGGGAAGUGGUUUGAAAAUACUUCGAAGUGGAUUGAAAAACACAUCGAAAGCGGUUACUGUACUGGCUUGCCUGAGGGCACAGUUUUGCCAGCUAAAAGUGCAAGGAAAGCGGGAAAGUUGAAAAUGAUCAAGACUUCUACGGGUCGUUCGCGGUUCAUUACUACUCAACAGAGUGUUGUGGAACCAAAGGUUUUACUGAAUAAAGAAGCAAUUGAAGCAAUGCAGAUUGUUGUUAAUGAAACGAACAGCAGCGGGCAACCAGCAUUGACUAAGUUAAGCGAUAAUAGGAUUAUGUUGAAUUCGACUAAUUUCAAGGGGGAGCCGAAGACCAAGAAGGCUGUGAAACGCCAAAGACGCAGGAAGUUUGAAGUAAACCCUUAUAUGAUAGCCCAGGCACCUUCUAGUGCGGCAUCAUUUAUUUCUAUGAACAGAGUAUCAACUACAUCUACUGCGCCCAAUCAUGUACUCAACGCACAGAUGCAGCACCAGAAUAUUCACUCUAUACCUAAUCAAAAUGUUAUGGCAAACUACUCAUUCACUACCCCUGAUGAAGCGCCAUUAGAUGAGAUAUGUCUUUCCUUAAACCCUUCACCAGCUGACGACGCAGGGUUGGAACCCGUCAGAUCUGCUUCUUCCUUAUCCUCUCACGAGUGCAAUCAAUCGACAGGAAACGACAUGAACAAACUCUUAUAUCCAUUAAUCACUUCUAACCCUCUCAAUCUAAACGACCCAUACUCAGUUCCCUUGGACGUCGAGCAAAUGGCCUUUACGAUACCCAUGGUAGAGCCAUCUACCACCGCUCCAACUUAUAGAUUUGAAGAGGAACCACAAAUAAACGUUAUCUUGAACAACCAGAUGGAUCCAGUAAAGCUAGGAGAACGGCAACUAAGAGAAACCCAACAAUACCUAAAAUUCUACAAUUAUAACUUUGACUCCAGUCUAUAA